AUGUCUUCUGGGCAAGUGAAUGAAUAUCAUCUUGAAUCAGUGUUUCCAAGUAAUUCAUCUUCUUCAGACAAUUAUUACCUUCGAGUUGAGGAGUAUAAUUUGGAUCCAUCCAUAACUGCCGAUAAUGCUAUAAAAGAAAACAUGGAGAAGCUUCUAAAGGUAGGAGAGGAUUUGCUCAAAGAGUCUGUUAAGGUUAUGGAUGUAACUUCUUUUCUUCCAUACGAGAAACCAAGUGAGGGUACAAAUGCUGAAGCUCUCGAAAGGUUGGCUGAAAUUCUGUACAAUGAGAGACAGUUGUGUUUGAAAAGAAAAUCGAUGGGAAAACGAGGACGGCCAUUUAUUGAAGUUGUUACUUCUGCUCUCUAG